GUAACCUUUUCAUUUUGGCCAAUCACAAAUGUGGUGUUUUUUUCUUUGGCUUUCCCGGGGGCCCGGGUGGGACCGCUCAUCGCAAACUCGAAGCUCCGACAGCUCCCAGAUAGUCGCACCACGUUCCGUGUACUCACUCGUCCACCGAGGGAAUGCCAAACCACCGUCACCAUGCCUAGCUCUUGCAAAGAACUGCGCGAGGCUCUCGCGCAAUGCCUCCAGGAAUCCGAGUGCGUCAUGGUUCAGCGCAACAGCGCCUCCGAUUGCCUCCGAUCGCCCCUCGUCGAGGGCCUCCCCACAAAGUGUCAGCAGCUGAAAAAGGGUUUCGGCGAGUGCAAGCGCGGCAUGGUCGACAUGCGCAAGCGCUUCCGUGGCAACAUGCCCGUCAACUACAAGACCAUGAACGAUGCCGAGAGCGGAAAGGGGUACCAGCUGUACGCUGGACGGCCUGCCUUUGCCGGCGGCAGGGGCGACACCGACGGUAACGAGCCUGCGCCUAGGGACUGGCGCGAGGUUGAGAACGAGCAGUAUCGUAAGGAGCAAGAGGCUGCGCAGAAGAAGUGAUAUGGAGGGAAAGAGGAAGACACAAGACAUUGCUCUUGAGAGAGGGUGCAAAAGAGGAGGGGAGGAGGACAACCGCCAACGGCCGCGGCGUGGGAUACAAUACUUGUACAAACAAUGUGUAUGAUCUGAAGAGCGAGGCAUAGGGAGGCGUCAUGGCGUUCUCAAAACACACAAAAACCGGUGGCCUUGUCUAGGACAGGCCCGAGCUGCAUCUUCUUGGAUCCUCACGACGGAACCACCUCGACUCAACAACGGGGCAAAGCAUGCUUCUGUAUUCAAAAAGGAAUUCUAAGAUUCGAACGACGAUAAAACUUCUCCACUAGGAAAAUUGGAAAAUAAGUAGAGCGUCUGAUCAUGAUGAGAUGUGGAAUUGGUU